AUUAUAUCUGAUAAUAUAUCUCUUAUUACCACAAUCACUACAAUUCCUUCAUAUAUACCAUAAUCUCACCACAUUUCCUUCAUUUCUCAAAGCUUUUUCCUUUUUUUUUUUUUUUCCCCCUUUUUAUCCAAGAAAAAUGGAUAUGUUCAAUACCCAGAAGAGCCAGAACCAAAAAAAGCCAUCAAAAAACUACAAAAAGAGGCUAACAUAUGAGCAAGUGAAGCUCCUAGAGAGAAGCUUCACCUCCAACAACAAGCUCCAGCCAGAGAGGAAGCACCAGCUCUCGCUUCAACUUGGAAUCCCACCGAGACAAGUGGCGAUUUGGUACCAAAACAAGCGAGCCAGGUCCCGAACCCAAAGCCUUGAGCUCGACUAUAGUGCGCUCCAGUUGAGUCUAGAGAAUGCACUGGCUGAGAAACAGCAGCUGAAGAGAGAGGUCGAGAGGCUUAAUGGUGAGCUAGCGAAGGCUCAAGAAAUGCUGUUUGCCUUGAACGUCCAGACAACAACGACGACGACCACAACAGCGUCUUCUUGUGCUCGGCCUGUAAUUUGUCCUUCCCUUUCUUGCUCUGAUCAAGAGGGAAUGAGCUCUGCAAGAUCUACCAUUGUUCAUGAUCUGGAUGUGGAACUUGAGGAGCUCUAUGCUUGUUUGAUUGGUAGUGAUGGAUUAAUUAGCUGGGAUUGACAUAGUGAUGGAUUAAUUAGCUGGGAUUGACAUAGUUAUCUAUCUCUCUAUAUAAAUAUGGUUAACUAGUGUAUGGCAAACUAGACAUAAUUCAUAUAAUUUCAUUCUGAUCAGGAAAUAUAUAUAUAUAUAUAUAUACACAUAUAUGUUUUUAGUCCAGGAAAAAUGUUCGUCUUAUUCCAUUUUGCCUAUGAAUGUUUAUUUUCUCUUUAAUAAUUAAAAUGCCUUAU